GAGUGAGCGAGAUCGAGAGAGAUAAGCAUAUAGAGUCAUAGACACGUAGCCACAAACACGUCUCUCUCCUUCAUUUCUUGUCCACACCCUUUCUUUCUUCAACAACUCAAUACCCAUGUCCACCGAUCUAGAGUUCCGACAAGGCUUGCCGGAAAUAUAUUUACCGGCCAUCAAAGUUGACAAUUCACAGUCCUCCGAUGACACCAACCACAGCAGCAGCAGCUGCAUCAUUAUUCAAACACAAUCAAACACAGAGAGCGACGCGGAAGAGGAGUGCCUAACGCCCACGUCGCCGGAGCACAAGAUUCCGGCCAUCCUGAGUUGCCCACCGGCACCCAGGAAGCCCAAGACCGUGACCUCGUGCAAGAGAAAAUUGUGUGAGUUGGAGUUUUUCGAGAUCGUGGGACGAGAAGAAAUUGAGUCUUUUUUCAGGUCCAGUUUUGGGGUGGUUGAGGUCAGUUCUAGUGCUGUCGUGAAGAGAAGGUGUCCGUGUACAUGAUGAAGAUGGGAAUUCAAAGAUUAUAUCUAUAUCUAUAUCUAUAUCUAUAUAUAUGAAUUACACGUGUAUAUGUGGCAUUAGUCUCAGUCUCAGGUGAUUAUGAAUUUUAUGGGUGUUGAAAUUUCAGAUGCUUAACUUGGAUCUGAAUUAUAGUUUAUUGGUAUCAAUUGUCCAAUUUAUUUUUACUUGAUUAAAAGGCUUUUUGGCACAA